CAAUUCGCGCGAAUUGGCUUAAAUUCGAAAUCAACUACGAAACAGCUGAUUGAGUAUUGACAAAUAAAAUUUGUUUCAAAGAAUUUUACAAAAUGAGCUUAUUUACCAUUGCUGCAUAUUUAUUGGCAAAAAAUGAAUGGGAAAAAAAUGAGAAAGUUCGGCGGCGAAUUUUAAGGGAUCAUUCCAAUCCCUUGGAUAUCCCAGAUUCCGUUUUUGUUGCCUAUUACAGGAUAAGUAAAGAAGCGUUUCUUGAAAUUGUUCGUGAUGUCCAACCAUUCAUAAAUCCGUCAUCUAUUACGAUUGAAAUAAAGCUUGCUACUACUUUGAGGUACCUUGCAGAGGGAGGAUUCCAGCGCUCGGUAGGAAAAGACACCGACAUAUCCCUUGCAAGAAGUACCGUGUGCAAAGUCUUACAUGAGGUGCUAAAUGCUUUAGAAAAAGCACUGUGUCCAAAAUGGAUUAAACUACAAAUGAGCGAAGAAGAAAUUAAAAUGUCGAAAGCACAUUUUUUCAACAAUUUUUGUAUUCCCGGAAUAAUCGGUUGUGUGGACGGGACACACAUAAAAAUUACGAAGCCCCACCAAAAUGAGCAUCUGUUUUUUAACAGAAAGGGUUACUUCAGCGUUAAUGCGAUGAUUAUUUGCGAUUACAGAAUGCGUAUAACGGCUGUGGAUGCAUGCCACCCUGGCGCCAGUCAUGACGCCUUUAUAUUUUCUUUAAGUGCUGCCAAACAAUAUCUUUCAUCCAGUUAUGUGGGCGGAGACCAUAGAUCUUGGCUACUAGGAGAUUCAGGAUAUGGCUUGGAACCAUAUUUACUUACCCCUUAUCGUGAUGCAAACGCUGGGUCACCACAGCACAAAUUCAAUUUACAACACUCCAAGGCAAGAAACAUCGUUGAGAGAGUAAUCGGAGUCCUAAAGAGCCGCUUUAAAUGUCUUCAAACAACUAUGCCAUAUGUCCCAGAGAAAGUUGUAAAAAUUAUAAAUAUAUGCAGUGCUAUGCACAACAUUUGUCGCCAUUAUAACCUGGAUGCCUUUGCUUUAGAUGUAGUGGACGAUUUUCUGGACGAAGAAGUUGCUGAUCAUAGCAGCCAUCUACAAACUGCCGCUGUAUCCAUUCGAGAUGAAAUCGCAAAUAACUUAACGCGUAUAGUUUAAUUUUCAUAUUUUUUUUAUUUAAUAAAAAACAAUAAAAACAUCACAUUUACAUAAGUUAAACUUUGAGAUCAUUUAAUACUAUUAAUAAUUAAUAAAAUUAAUUAGUCGAUAUUUUUAGUUUGGUUUUGGUUUUAAAAAAAUUCCCUUUGUACUCGGAUUUCUUCUAUUUCAAGCAUCUUUUGCUUAAUAACAUUUUUAGCCAUCAAGCUUUCUUGCUUGGCCAGAUAAUAUUUUCGACGAUCGUCGUUUUGUUCGGCUAUAAGCUGGUUUUGUUUCUCGACUAAUUUUGUCAAUUUAUCCAUAUUCGCAGUGAGAAGAUCCAAUGUAUUGGAUAUCUUCUCAACUGCACCUGCUUCUGCUGCCAUGUGCUUCUUGAGGCAAUCUUGUACAUUGUCCUCAUGCCGUCGUUUGCGUGGUGUGGACUUUGGUCCGCCGCUGGAAAUUUCUUCAAUACAUAAA